UCAUGUCUAUUAUCGAUUAAUAUUAGUCCUUGUGCAAAAUGGAAUACAGCUGGUAUCACAAUUGCUGGGAAUGGUUCACUAGGUAUAGGUGCUAAUCAACUUAAUUAUCCUCAAGGUAUUUUUAUUCAUGACAAAAUUAAACGAUUAUAUGUAUCUGAUACAAUGAAUCAUCGAAUUCAAGUAUUUCCAUUAGAUCAAUCAACAAGAACAGGUUUGACUGUAGUAUCUGAGUUAAAAACUUAUUACAAAAUUUAUGUUGAUGACGAUGAUGAUGUCUUUCCGACUAUUUAUGCUGCAGUUAAUAGCGACAAUGGUGUUGAAAAAUGGACAAAAGGAGCCACUAAUGGUGUGCGAGUUGGUAGUCAUUGCUUGAGUUGUACAGGAGUAUGGUUAGAUAAAGAUAAAAAUGUUUAUAUGUCAGAAGAGAAAAGACAUUGUAUACUUAAAUGGUCACCUUUAACGAACACUACAACAAUAGUUGCUGGUGAAUCACGCGUAAGUGGACCAUAUGCUGAUGAACUCAAUCAACCUCAAGGUAUAUUUGUUGAUAAAACUACUAGUGCAUUGUAUAUAGCUGAUCUAUUAAAUCAUCGCAUACAAAAAUGGCCAAAAAAUGCUUUAGAAGGUGUUACUGUAGCUGGCUCAAGUGAUGGUAAACCAGGUUCUGAUAAUGCAUCAUUAGAUAGACCAUAUGGUUUACGUGUUGAUGAAGAAACAAAAAUAGUCUAUGUAGUUGAUUUAAUGAACAAUAGAAUUCAACGUUGGAAACAUGGUGAAACCGAAGGUGAUACUAUUGCUGGUGGUAAUGGUGAAGGGAACAAAAGUAAUCAAUUUCAUCAUCCAACCGAUUUGGCAUUUGAUAGUGAUGGCAAUCUAUAUGUAAGUGAUGCCUGGAAUCAUCGUGUUCAAUUUUUUGCUUUGAUUGAUAAUCGACCAUGUCAAGCACCAUCGACAGCAAGUUCCUCAAUGCACAAGUCACCAAUAGUUUUAUCUUUGGUGUUUAUUAUAACUUGGAUUAUCAUGAAAUUAUUGUGA